GCUACGCUGCACUCGUCCCGCGUUAAGUGAUGUUGCGCUUACGAAUAAAGUAAAAAGUAGUGAUUUGUUAUCAUGUUUUACUUUAAAUGUUACUUAUAUUUUUAUUAUUAAUUACUGGAAACAUUACUAAUGUGUGCAAUAAUGAAUAAUAUUUACUUCGUCUUUUAUAUUUUUCUCUUUUAUUCCAAAGUAUCAAUUUGCUUGCGCGUUGUGAGUUUAUCUGUUCCGAGUUUGAAACAAAAAGGUGAAUCUACAACUCUGACAUGUGAUUAUGAUCUUGAAGGAGGGAAAUUAUAUUCUGUGAAGUGGUAUCGAGAUAAUGAAGAAUUUUACCGAUACAUGCCCAAAUUACGACCACCUCAGCACGCACACAGGCUAGAAGGUGUUAAAGUUGAUUUGGAGAAGUCGUCCACACGUCGGGUGCACUUGCGGGACCUAACACUGAAGUCAAGAGGUCUUUAUAGAUGCGAGGUGUCUGAAGAAGCACCUUCCUUUCACUCGGCUCAGUCUGAGACGUUUAUGGAGGUUUAUUAUUUCCCACGAGAGAGCCCACGUAUAGUCGGUUAUGAGCGACCUUAUGAACUAUUAGAACCGCUUGAUGUUAACUGCUCUUCAGCUAAGGCGUUCCCGGCCCCUGAAUUACAAUGGCACAUUAAUGGAGAAAAGGUCACGGAGAGUUCCUGGUUAACAAGUUUAGAAAGCAAGCAAGCUUCACAAGGUUUAAUGAUAUCGACUCUCGGGUUGCGAGCUCCCGCCACACAACAUAUGAAAAUCCGCUGUGUUGCCAUCAUUGGAACCCAUCGGCGGGAGCGAACUGUCACGAUAGAAACUAAUCCCUCUGACCGAACAAGACCAGCAUCUAUUGCUUUCAUAAUAAUAAUAGGCUACAUCAAUAUAAUUUAUCAAACAAUGCGAUAAAAUGAACGUUUGUAUGUGAUGUAUUAUUUUAUUCUGUAAAUAAAAUAUUGUUUCUAA